AUGGCGACUAUCAUUCUAGGUGCCCAAUGGGGGGACGAGGGCAAGGGAAAGCUGAGUGACAUCCUCUGCCAGAAGGCGCGCGUUUGCGCCCGCGCCGCCGGUGGCCAUAACGCCGGCCACUCUGUCGUUGCCAAUGGCGUGUCUUACGACUUCCACCUCCUGCCCUCGGGGCUCGUCAACCCACAAUGCACGAAUCUGAUCGGCUCGGGCGUGGUCUUCAACGUGCAGGCCUUCUUCAAGGAGCUCGCGGCGCUCGAGGCGAAAGGGCUGAAGCACGCGCGCGACAACCUGCUGGUCAGCGAUCGCGCGCAGGUCAACCUCGAGCUCCACGCGCGCGUCGACGGCCUGGAGGAGAGGGAACUGGCGGGCAACAAGAUCGGCACGACCGGCCGCGGCAUCGGGCCGUCGUAUGCGAACAAGGCCGCGCGCAAUGGGAUACGGGUGCACGAGAUCUUUGACCAGGCGAGUUUCGAGACGAAGCUGCGGCGUCUGGCGGACGGGUACAAGAAGCGGUUUGGGGACCUCCUGGAGUAUGACGUGGAGGAGGAGAUUGUGCGCUUCCGCGAGUACCGCGAGAAGUUGCCUGAGUUUGUGGUUGACGCCGUCAACUACAUGCAGACGGCGCAGGCCAGUGGGGUGGAUAUUCUGAUUGAGGGUGCCAAUGCGCUGAUGCUGGAUAUUGACUACGGGACGUACCCGUUCGUCACCAGCAGCAACACCGGGCUGGGUGGUGUUAUUACGGGUUUGGCUGUGAACCCAAGGAAGAUCAAGGAGGUCGUUGGCGUUGCCAAGGCGUACACGACAAGAGUCGGCGAGGGCAUCUUCAAGUCUGAAGAUGUUGGCGAGGACGGCAAGAAACUGCAAGAAAUCGGCCGUGAAUGGGGCGUGUCCACUGGCAGGAAACGGAGGUGCGGCUGGCUCGACCUCGUCGUCCUGAAGUACUCGGCCUCGAUCAACUACUACACGGCGUGGAACCUGACAAAACUUGACGUCCUCGACACGUUCCCCACGAUCAAAGUUGCGGUGGCCUACAAAGACACGGCCACUGGCAGCGAGCUCGACUACUUCCCGGCUGACUUGAACUUCCUGGAGAAGUGCGAAGUUGUGUAUAAGGAGUUCGAGGGCUGGCAAUCAUCAACGACAGCGGUGAAGAAAUUCGCGGACUUGCCGAAGCAAGCACAAGCUUACGUCAAGUUUGUCGAGGAGUACACCGGCGUUCCGGUGAAGUGGAUCGGGACAGGCCCGGCGCGCGAUGAUAUGAUUUACCUGUGA